CAUAACAGUUCUCUGAGAAAAGUGGAAGGGAUAGGAACGCCAACAUGGCGCCAUUAAGAGUAUGCUCACUAACGCGUGCGUGGCUGUGUAUUCAGAUUGAUUUUUCAAAUAGUUACGAUAUUUGAAAUAUGGUGACUGCAGUAUAAGAAUAUCGUAACAAGAGAUUAACUCCAAGCACUAAUUUCCCUUGAUAGAUACCUUUUACGUGUCGACGCCCAAGCAUUGAAUUCGCUAAUAACAACAAGUGGUUGGUAUUUAUUAAGUGGAUUAUUCGCGUUCUCUAGCAAGUAGUGAACGUGAAUAUAGUUGUUGCACGAGAAUUUUUAUUUUCAUAUAACCAUAAUCAUGUUGGAGUCUUGUUGGUCACCAUUUGUAUGGACCAAUAAUGUGAAAACAGGAUGUAAAGCUAUUGCUUUUUACACAAUCACUCUUAGUGUAAUAUGCAUUACACUGAUCAGUUACCAAUUAAAUGGAGGUGACUCAACUCAAUUGUAUAAUCCUCUGUUUGAGGCUGAUAUCAGAGGAUCAAUGCAAGUUGUUGGAGGAUUUUUCAUCUGUUACUUCAUUUGUCUAAUCGUAUCAGGAGGUUUGAUGGUAUAUGGUAUAAAAGAAGGAAUAAGGGGAUGGUUACUCCCCUGGCUUAUACUAUGGUUCUUUCUAUGUUUAUUCCAAUUAGUUUUUGGACUUUGGCUUAUAGGAGGUUAUUACAUCUAUCUUGAUGCAGCAUUUGCAGCAAUGUGUAAUUGGCUCUGGAUGUCGUAUAAUAUAUACUGUUGGUUAGUUGCUGUAUCGAUGUAUAAAGUAUUCGAGAAACUACAGUCUCCAAAUAUAGAACUCCUGUGGCCUUAAAUAGCUAUAUAAUAGUAGCUAUAGUAUAUAGAGUACAUUAAUUGACACCAAAGUACGAUACAAUUUCCUUACAGAUACACUUAUAAUCUACUAGGUAUAUCUAUUUCAGAGAAAUAAUAUUAUUUAAAGUAAUUUAAAUCAUAUAAAAGCAAUAUUGUUUGUCAUGUGUUCAACUUGGUUAUGAUUAUUUAUUUUGACAUAUCUAGUAUUAUAAAUACCAUGAACUAUUGUUUUCAAGUUUAAUAAGGACAGGUGGAUCCGGUGCCACUUAGAAUCGAGGAUUUUUAGAUGUCCGUCUCCGACUUCUUUAACAUUCGGAUACGUUACAGCAAACUGAGAACUAAGACGUAUAUGUCUUUUUAUUU